CAGAAAAUUUUGAAGGAGAAACGAAAAGUGAAAAUGCCGAGUGGCUGCUGCAUCAGAGCUCUGUGGAUUCUCAACAAUCAAGACACUGUUAUUUUCUCCAGGAAAUUUCCGGUGGUGGAGAAGCGGUGGCGCGUGUCUUGUGAAAAGGAAACUGACGAUAAUCUGAAGUAUUAUUUAUUGCCCAAUGAUUCAGAGUUGGCUGCUGCUUUCAUUGACCGCAAAAAGAGGGAGGGUUCUGCUCGAGGAUUCGGUAUACGUGUAAGCCAAUCUGUUAGAGGAUCAGAUUCAUGGCUUGAUGAUCCGAUUACUCGUCAUGUAAUUAGUUUGUUCAUCAAUGGAGAAGAGAAAGUGGAGAACAAUCUCUUGUGGCCUCUCGUAUUGCAUAUAAAGGGUUCUUAUUCGAUUCUUGUUCUGCCUUUGGUUGAACCACGCCAUUUGAAAUCUUAUUCGAGAAUGUGCGGUAAAUCGGACUGUGGUAGCGCCGUAGGAGCAGAUGAGAAUUUGUCUUCGCUCCUCCUCGAUCUUCCAUCCAUCACAGGGGGGUUUAUUGUGGCGCAAGCAAUUGGAGACGUAAUACUUGGAGAAGUAAUGGAGCCAGAAGUACUUGUUGCUGCAUCACCCUCGGUGGGAGGGUUACUGGAUUCCCUGACGGGUAGUAUCGGAAUUUCAGGUAUCUCAGCAAGAGCAAAACCCGUAGCUUCACCUGUCUCAGCAUCCACUGUUUCCGGAACGUCUUCAAGCGGUACUGUAACGUUCGAUUCUCCAAAGGCGGUUUCUAGGCCAUUGGAGAAGGAUGUACUUCGGUCUUUCAUCAGCAGCGCCAUGCCCUUUGGCACACCACUAGAUCUCAGCUAUUCAAACAUUUCUGCGAUCAAGACAACCGGAUUUUCUUCAUCAGAUACACCUCCCACAGAGCGUAAGCAACCAGCUUGGAAGCCGUAUCUAUACAGAGGGAAGCAACGGAUUCUUUUCACAGUCCACGACACAGUCCACGCGGCACUGUACGAUCGAGACGAAAUUCCUGACGUGAUAACAAUUUCCGGGCAGGUCAACUGUCGAGCAGAGUUAGAAGGCCUGCCCGACGUCUCCUUCCCGCUGACCGGACUGGACGCCGCCCGAAUCGAGUCUUUAACCUUCCACCCUUGUGCUCAAGUUCCCGAGCAUGGUGGCGACAAACAGGGCAUCACCUUUUCGCCCCCGUUAGGGAAUUUCGUGUUGAUGCACUAUCAAGCGCACUGUUCUGUGGGGCCCCCAGUAAAGGGGUUUUACCAGCUUUCGAUGGUGUCGGAAAACGAGGGUGCGUUUUUGUUUAGGUUGAGCCUUCUGGAAGGUUAUAAAGCUCCUGUGGUGAUGGAGUUCUGUACGGUGACUAUGCCUUUUCCGAGGAGGAAGGUGCUAUCUUUCGACGGUACGCCUUCGAUCGGAACGGUAUCAAAUACGGAAUAUUCCGUUGAGUGGAAGAUUGUAACCAACACUCGUAGUGUAUCUGGGAAGACGAUUGAGGCGACUUUUCCCGGGACUGUCAGAUUUGCUCCGUGGCAACCUCAAAGAACGCCUUCAUAUGGCUCGGCACUUGGAAUCAUGGCUGAUGAAGACAGUGAUCAUGAAACGGAGUCUGGUGGCAGUAUGGUAAAUGUUGAGGAUUAUAUAAUGGAGAAAAUGACCAAGGAUCUUCAUGCUGCUGAUCUGGAAGAUCCCUUUUGCUGGCAGGGAUACAACUAUGCAAAAGUCUCUUUCAAGAUGAUAGGACCUUCCUUAUCCGGAAUGUCGAUUGAUCCUAAAUCUGUAAACAUCUUUCCGACAGUUAAAGCCCCGGUGGAAAUUUCAACACAGGUUACUGCUGGGGAUUAUAUUUUGUGGAAUACAUUGGGAAAAUGUCCUGUCACAGCCACACCAAAUGCAUAGAAGAUAAAAAAAAUACUCGAAAAACACAAUGCAAUUCGAUUAUUCACAACGAUACUCUCUGUUUCUUGAUUUGCUUGAUUUUUUUGUUCUUUUCUUGUUUGUCUGUCCGAGCUUAAGUUCUGAUACACCAAUGUAUUAGCUUCGAUUAUUUUGAGUGAUAAAUAUCGGCUUCUAAUUAUUCGCCACUACGUUAUUUUUUCAUCAUGGUUAAAUUAUAUGGCUUGGAGAUUGUUAUUUU